AAUCCCGAGCCAACCAAACCCUAGCCGCGCGUCCUCCUCCGGAUCCCACCCAUCGGUGCCAUGGCGCUGCGCUACCUGGCCAGGAGGGCCGGCAUCCCCGCUCUUCGGCGGGCUUCGGGCCCCCACGUGUCGGGCAGAUCUCGACCCCUCACCCCCAGCACCUCUCAGGGUGGACACAGCAAUGGAGCUGGAGUUGGUGGUACUAGGAAGCCAGUAAAAGAUGCAGGAAAGGUGAUAGAUGAAGACUUAGCUAGACUUGAAGCUGAAUUUAAAGCCAACAUAGAGACCAUCAGGAAGGCAAUAAGAGAUCAGAGGUUCGGCAGGCGUGUGAUGGUGGGGUCUGGUGCCGCUGCUGUGGCCUUCGCACUGUUCACUACUUCGGAUAGGAAAGUGAGAAGAAUUAUUUAGUUCAGUAGCUUGUGGUUUGCUGUUAUGUGAUAAUGCAAGUGCACUCUGUUUAUGGUAUGUAAAACCAAAUAACUCGUCUUGUAACGGCUUGUCUUCGUAGCCUAUUUAUGCUGGUUAGUGUCGU